CAUACACACCACAAAACAGACUGAGAUAUAAGAGAGAGAAAGAGAGAAGAACAGAAGAGAGAGAAAGAGAGAAGAGAGAGGAAAAUAAGUUGUUUUUGAAACUACCCUUCUUAUUACCCUUCUUAUUAGAUUGGUGAACUUACCAGUUUCCUCUUCAACAUAAUAAGUCAGAAAUUUUUAGCCCGGUCAGCCAAGCCAUGAAUAAUUGCAUUUCUGAUUGGAAUUUCGAGGGUGAUCUUCCUAUAAACGGUCAAAAGAAUCCCACAGGGGGCGACCAUGAUUUGGUGGAGAUUUUAUGGAGAAAUGGACAGGUGGUUUUACACAGCCAAACACAUAGAAAACAAGCUCUUAACAAUCCUAAUGACCCGAGACAAGUUCAGAAACAUGAUCAUCAUGAUCAACAAGCAACAAGGGCUUGCGGGUCCUAUGGGAAUUCAAUCAACAUGAGCCAAGAUGACGAGAGUGCGUCUUGGAUCCAUUACCCACUUGAGGAUUCCUUUGAGAAGGAGUUCUGUUCCAAUCUCUUCUCCGACUCACCUUCGUGUGAUCCGAUUGACAUCGAUAAAGUUCCGAUCAUCAGACAGUUUGAAGAGGAGAAGGUAUCAAAGUUUGGCGCUUAUGAGACUACUACUCAUGUCAAAGGACUUAAGCCCUCAUGUCAUGAAAAUCAAAUGCUUCCUCCAAGGCAGUAUUGCAAUUCGGCUCUGCAAGAUCACAAUAUGGGUUCCUUGGGAAAAGUGGUUAACUUCUCUCAGUUUUCGGGCCCUGAGAAGUGUGAUUUGAGGCCUUCUGGUGGACAAGGAGAGGGUAGAGAGUGUUCUGUAAUGACGGUUGGGUUGAGCCACUGUGGAAGCAAUCAACUUCCUAAUGACCAUGACAUGAUUAGGAAAGUCAUUCCUCAGAGUGAGAGCGGGAAAACGGUGACUCUUGAACCGACGGUUACUUCUUCUUCUGGUGGAUCUGGUAGUAGUUUGGGAAGACCAUGCAAACAAUCUACUACUACAACAAGUGGCAAUACCAACAACAAAAGGAAGAGUAGAGAUGAAGAGGAAUUAGAGUGCCAAAGUAAGGCUGCUGAGCUUGAAUCUGCGGUUGCAAAUAAAUCUUCCCAACGAUCUGGGACUUUGCGGAAGAGCCGCGCUGCUGAAGUUCAUAAUCUCUCUGAAAGAAGACGGAGAGAUCGGAUCAACGAGAAGAUGAAGGCGUUGCAGGAGCUCAUACCUCACAGCAACAAGACAGAUAAAGCAUCAAUGUUGGAUGAGGCAAUUGAGUACCUGAAGUCACUUCAAUUACAACUUCAGGUAAUGUGGAUGGGAAGUGGUAUGGCGCCAAUGAUGUUUCCAGGAGUACAGCAUUACAUGUCGCGGAUGGGCAUGGCAAUGGCCCCGCCUGCCUUGCCUUCUAUCCACAAUCCGAUGCAUUUGCCCCGGGUCCCGGUUGUUGAUCAAUCCAUGCUUGUGGCUCCAACAACUGACCAGUCUGUUUUGUGCCAAACCCCAGCUUUCAAUCCUCUUAACUACCAAAACCAGAUGCAAAACACGUCUUUUCCCGAACAAUUCGCGCGUUACAUGGGAUUCCAUUCUAUGCAACCUGUGUCUCAGCCAUUGAAUAUAUUCAGGUUUAGUCCCCAGACAGUACAGCAAAGCCAAUCAAUGGUACAGCAUGGAAACAGUACUGGACCUUCCAAUAGUGGAUUUCCACCUGAUGGUGGCAUAAGUGGCAAGAUGGGUAAGUUGAACAGUAAGUGCGCUAACUUAUCUCCUUCCCAUGGUCCCCCCAUGUGACUUGAAGCUAGAUUAUUGCAAGAUGGGAAAAUUCUUUGAAAUGGUAUUUAGAAGAAGAAAGAAUUCUCGAUUACACUUUAUUGCCUGCUCAAUCAAUCAAUCAAUCAAUCAAUUGGCCUGAUUAAUAUUUCCUGGUGAUGGGUCUCUUUUCUGCUAUGUAUAUAUGUCUCUAAAACGACUUGUGCAAGAAUAAAACCAUGGAAACCAGGAAUUGAAGUUGUCCUCUACAAAUCUAUGAUCAGAGAGAUUGAUUUUCAAAUGCUCCUUCUACAAGAAUGGAAUGUAGAAUAGCAUUGUAAUUUUUGAUCUAUUCGAAUUUUCGGCCCGAGAAAAAUGAAGCUUGUAAGUUGUAUCUCAAAACAAUUGCUGUUGUCUGUUGUUUUCGGUUAUGGAAAAGAUGUGUCGAUCAUUCUUAUUUAUAUCCUCAAGGAUUUCAUUGUCUAUACCCUUCAACAUGUACAAUGAAUUAUGAUAAAGAAAGGUCAAACUUGAAUUAUUCUUGUCAACAAAAAUGAAA